AAAGAAAAUAAAAAAAAUCCGGAAUCCCACAUUAUAAACGGAAACACCAGGGUAAUUUCGUAAAAAAGGAAAUUAAAAAAAAAAUAAAAAAUCAGAGCACAAAUACCCAACCUAAAAAAAGAAGAGAGAGAGUGAGAGAGAAGAAGAUCCCCUCCCCUGUUGUUCUUCGUGUUUAGAGAGAGAAAAAACCCCUAGAGAGAGAAACCACCAAGAAGAAGAAAAGGAAUUUGCUUUUCUUCCUUCUUCUACCUUCGAUUCGAUCCCUCUUUACUCUCAUACAAUUCUUUCAUCUUUCCCUAAAAAAUUUAAUUUUUAUAAACCCUAAUUUUAAUCUUCCCCCAAUUUCAUACAAAAUUUUUAAAUUUAUUUUUUUGAUCGUUUAAGUUAACUCGUUGUCAUACACCGAGUGAUACCAAUACCCAGAAAAACCAAAAAAAAAAAAAACCCUAAUUUGGAAUUUUCUUCAUUUUGAUGGCAGCGACAGCUAACAGCAAUCCUUCUCCUUCUCUCUCCUCUUCCUCCUCCUCCGCCGCCGCCGUUGGCGCGACUCUUUCGCCGAGUUCGACUCGGGCCGGGUUACCUUCGUGGUCCGGUGCCGUUCGAUGCCCGGUAUCUGAGCCAACCGGAGCUCCGAAGUCGCCGGCGGAACCAGGUGAGAGGAGUUUUUCACCGGUGCCGGAGAUUCCGGCGGAGAACUCCGAUAGUGGGGGCAAUGCGGGUGGUAAAAAGCCCGCUUGGAAUAAGAAACCGCCUAAUGGACCCGUUGAGAAUGGUGGGCCUGGCCCAGUUGUGAUGGGCUCUCCAGCUUGGCCCACUAUUCUUGAGACUAAAAACAAAGUUCCUUCUAAGCUUUCUUCUCCUGAUUCCUCCAAAAGUCUCCCUGAUUCUGGAUCGGUUUCUUCUCCUCAGGUAACUGCAUCUGAAUCAUCAUCGUUGUCAAUAGCCCCACCAGUACAGUCGUUGCCACAAUCUUCAUCAGCUUCUCCAAAGCCUACAACUAGUAAUUUGAGCCAUAACUCUAUGUCAAACCAUGGACGUCCAGCACGCCAAAAAUCAAUGAAGCGGGAUGGUGGGGGAAACUCACAAGCUAAUGGUGGUUUUUCUCAUCAACCUUCAUCUGCUGUGGAAGGUUCACACAAUCAUAAUCAUAACUCCUCAAAACCUACUUCUGGUGGUGCUUCUGACAGUUCUGGCAGAGACAACAUUCAAAACCAUGGUCACCGAGAGCCAGGAUUACGGAAUGCUAGUGGGGAUCAUCCUCAGCCGCGCAACUCAUACAGGAGGGGGAGUGGUGGGUCCCAUUCACGAGGAGAUGGGUCUCAUCAGAAUUAUGGGGGGAAACGCGGUGAUCAGGAUCGUGGGAAUCAUGAUUGGAACCAUCAGAGGAGUUUUAAUGGGAGGGAUUCUACCAUGCAACCAAGAGUCUCUCCUAGAGGAUUUGUGAGAGCCCAGCCUGUUCCUCCUCCUUUUGUUCAAACUCCACCUAUGCGACCUUUUAUGAACCAUAUAGGGGUUGAGAUGCCUAUGUAUUAUAUCCCUGGUGUGCCUUUUGUUGCACCUGCACCUGUGUAUAUUCAUGCUGGUCUAGAUCCUCAGUUGCAUACUAAGAUAGUGAAUCAGAUAGAUUAUUACUUCAGCAAUGAGAAUUUAAUCAAAGACACAUUUCUGCGGAAACAAAUGGAUUCACAGGGUUGGGUUAAUGUUAGAUUGAUUGCGGGUUUUAAAAAAGUCAUGGAGUUGACAGAAAAUGUUCAGCACAUAUUGGAUGCUGUGAGGUCUUCGACUGUUGUUGAAGUGCAGGGUGAAAAAAUCAGAAGACGUGAUGAUUGGGUAAGAUGGAUUAUUCCAACAACUGUGCAGGAUUCAACUGCAUCUGGCUCGCAAUCUCCCAAUUCUCCAACUACUGCUACACUGCCAGCUCAUUUUCAAAAUCUUAAAGUAGAUGAGAAGACCAUUGAUCAGAAUCAUCCUAAGGCUCAGCUAGAUGUUAACGCUGCUACAAUCUUUAGAUCAUCCUCUGGGGAAUUGCAUAGCCCGUCAAAGUCUGUUAAGGAUGGAGCAAGCUCAAGUGGAUGUUGAUCACCUGGAUCCAGCCAUUAUUUCAUGCGAGGAUCAUGCUGAUUAUAUUUGAUCCGGAAACAUGUGGAAUGUAGGAACAGGGAAUGAAUGACCUUGGUGAGUAUAAUCUGUUUAUUCAGGAUCAUGACUUGCAAAUACACCAUGUUUUGCAAAGCAGAUAUAUUAAACUAUAAAACUCAAAAAAAAAAACAAAAAAAAAAAAAAACCAAAAAAAACAAAAAACAAAAAGAAUGAGAGAUACAACUAAAAAGAUAGACUGUGGAAGAAGAAUCCUAAAAAAUUUUGUUUUUGUUUUUUUUUUUUUUUCCUUCUCUUUGUUCCCCCCCCCCCCCCCCUUUUGUGUGUAUGUAAUAUCUUGACCUUGUGGCAGGAGUUUAUGGGUCUUUUUGUUUUUGGUUUUUUUUUGGGAUCUGAUUAUGGUAAAAUCAGUUUUGCCUUCUUCAUCUGUGUUGAUUCUGGUGCCUCGGUAAUUUGUUUGGGGAAUUUUGAUUUCAUGUCCCUCCUCUGCCCCUCAGCCUAUUUUUAUCAUAAUCUUUGGGGCUAUUGAGAAGUGAACUACUGAAAUGUCGUCCAAUGGAUAAGUCUUGUACAUUGUUGAGGAUGACAAAGGUGGUGAGUUUAUCUUAAGCUGCUGAUCGUGCAUCGCUCCUGCCAUUUAACUUUACUCUGGUGUUUGAAAGUCUCUUGUCUCUUAUCUAUACUGUGUCGUAUUUAGUUUAUACUGUGCAGUUCUAACACUGCAAAGACUUGCACUCUCUUGGUGAGAGAAGUGUUCUAGGUUAGAGUUUGUUAUGUUCAGAACUUCAUUUGAAACUAGAUGUUAGUAAACGUAUGGAUUUGAUGUUGGUAUUGACUUGAAUUUUUAUCUAUUA